AUGCCUCUGACACUGCCCAUCCUCCUCCUGAGCCUCAUUCUACCAUUCCCUCCCCACGAACACCGCCCACACACACACGUUGGGCCUCCCGGCCCCAAAUCUGGGACACGGACAGCUCCCCCUCACCCCAUCCCCUGCCGAGCCUCAACCUCCAGUCCUCCUAAAGCCUCCGUCCCCUCCGCGGGGACCAGGCCCCCCAGCCCCCGGCCUCCAAACCCAGGAAGCUUCCCCUGUCCCCUGAGCCAACUCCUCUCCUCUCCAGUAGGUCUCUCCCCAAAGCCCUCCCUCUCAGCCUGGCCCGGCCCCGUGGUGGCCCCCGGGGGGAACGUGACCCUCCGGUGCCGGGGGAUCCUCCGGGCCGGGAGAUUUGCUCUAUACAAGGCCGGGGCAGCUGAGCCGGUCAGGCUGCGGGAAGAGGCCGGCGACGGGGCGGAGUUCCUCUUCACUGGAGCCACCACGGUCCAGCAGGGAAGAUACAGCUGCCGCUACCAGACCCAAGCGUCGCCUGGAGCCUGGUCCGAACCCAGCGACCCCCUGGUGAUGCUUGUCACUGACAAGCUCCCUAAGCCCUCGCUGGUGGCACUGCCCGGCCCCGUCCUGACUCCGGGGACCAACGUGAGCCUACGCUGCCAGGGCCUGGUGGGGGGCAUGAGCUUUGCCCUGUACCGGGUGGGCAGACCAGGACCCCUGCAGUACCUCGACUCGGCCUGGGCCUGGGCCGACUUUGCCCUGGGGGGGCCUGGCACCUCGGGCACCUACAGCUGCUAUUAUCACACGCCUGCCGCCCCUUACGUCCUGUCUGAGCGCAGCGACCCUCUGGUCAUCAGCCUUGCAGAGCCUGCCUCCCUGGAUUACACCCUGGGCAAUACCAUCCGGCUCGGAUUGGCUGGGCUGGUCUUCAUCGCCCUGGGGGGCCUGGUGUUUCUGGACUGGCUCAGUCGCAAAGCAGAGUCAGAGCUGUCAUGGAAGCCAGGCACAGGUCAAACUUCUCUUCCCUCCGGGAGCCGGGAUGGAGGGGAAGCGUGGUAUUCCCUGUGGGAGAAUAGAAGAUCGAGCUAGCAUCUGCUGGGCCAGACCCCGCUCCGCCAGACCACCGGAACCCAGGAGAAUUCCCCUUCCUGCUUGCACUGAAAAUAAAACACUGAUUCAUUGCCAGCCACA